GCUGCUGCUGCCGCCCUUCAUAUGAAACACAAUCCCGUUGGGGAGGAAGAAACUCUGCGCAGCGAGCAAGCAGGGAAAUGCAAACAUUAACUUAAUUCAUCAGCGCCGAUUGUUUGAGGACAGCGAGGAAGAGGCUGCUGCGAAGCGGGAUUUAUUCUGCCUCGUAUGUGAAGAGGGAAAACAAACAAGCAAAAAGAAAAAACUUCCUGAAAUGACCGGGGUUCUGUGAGACUGAGCUUGACAACCCGGUGAAUCGAGUUUAACGAAGAAGUGCUCUCAUAUUUCAGUUGUCUCUCAGUAGCCAGAGGACUUGUUCGGAGCUGGCGCACGGGUAAUGAACUCUUUGGACCACUAAUCAUCUGUGGACUUUGCCUGCGCUUCUUAACAAUAUUUUCCUCUUCAACCGACCGCCAAUAAAACCGACAUUUAAAAAGGAGUUGUUCCUCAAGUCCACGGCAAUGGGGGAGCAGCCAAUCUACACCACCAGGGCCCAUGUCUUCCAAAUCGACCCAACCACCAAGAAGAACUGGGUUCCUGCCAGCAAGCAGGCUGUCACUGUCUCCUAUUUUUACGACAGCACACGUAACAGCUACCGCAUCAUCAGCGUGGAUGGAUCCAAGGUGAUAAUCAACAGCACCAUCACACCCAACAUGACGUUCACCAAAACAUCGCAGAAGUUUGGCCAGUGGGCAGACAGCAGGGCCAACACUGUGUUUGGACUGGGCUUCUCUUCGGAGCAGCAACUGACAAAGUUUGCUGAGAAGUUCCAGGAGGUAAAAGAAGCAGCCAAGCUAGCAAGGGACAAAUCUCAAGAGAAGGUGGAAACACUGAGUAACCACUCCCAGGAGUCUGGACGUGAGACGCCCUCCACCAACCAGGCAUCCAGCAUUAACGGGACCGAUGAUGAGAAAAUCUCUCACGUCGGUCCGGAGGCUGCUCUGCUGAAGACCGAGAACGAACGCCUCAAGAGUGCAGUAGAACAGAGCAACACCAACGCCAAGAAGUGGGAAACAGAGCUGCAGACUUUAAGAGAAAAUAAUGCCAGGCUGGUGGACGCACUGCAGGAGUCUUCAGCAAAUGUAGAGAGCUGGAAGAAACAACUCAGUGCCUGCAAGGAGGAGAGUGACACGCUCAGGGAAAAGAUUGCAGAACUAGAAGCUCAGUGUAAUGAAGCCAAUGAGGAGAAGCAGAAAAACGCCCAACUGACUUUACGAGUGCAGGAGCUGGAGGCUGAGCUACAGGAAAAAGAGCAGGAGCUGGAGAACCUGAGGAAACAGGCAGAGAUAAUCCCUCAGCUCAUGGCAGAGUGCGAGAGCAUCACCGCAAAACUGCAGGCUGCAGAGACGAAGAACAAGGAGUUGGAGGGGAGGAUAGAGGGUCUUCAGUUGGACAUAGACGACAGUCAACAAAAGCAGGGCAACAUGAAGGGCGAGCUGAAGAAGUUCAUGGAUAUUCUGGAUGGAAAGAUAGACGAGCUGCAUGAGGUCAGGCAGGGGCUUUCCAAGCUAGGUGUUGAUAACUGAGAAAAGUGGCACUGAGCUGAAAGGGUCAGAGGUCGGGUACGAAAGAUUCACUACAGUAUGUCUUCAGGGCAGAAACUAUGUGGCACCUACUCCCCCCAAGGUGAUGUCCACUCGGAAACUAUCAGCUUUGGCUUCUAAUAAACACUACCACGUGAGAAAGAGAUGAUUUUGGAGAGGGUGAGGGAGACUGGCAGAUUAAAAGGAGGGAGGCCAGCAUGUUCCACCAAAUGGCUCCAGUUUGUAUGCUGGCAUCCUGAAACUAAAUCAAGAGUCACACUUUGAGCUUACUUAUCGGUUUCUGUGGGGGGAAACGGCUUUAAAAAGCUGGUGGCGGGUUCUUAGAUUCUGUCCAUCUGUCUUUUUUCUGAAGGCUGCAGCACUUCUACGCAGGCAGUCUGAGCUUAGAGUAGAAGAGGGGACUUAAAAGGGCUAAAAUGAACAACACACAAAGACAAUGCUGUUCAGCAUCACUCAAGUAAUAAUUGGUGUUAAUCCUUGUGGCCCCCUCAGAGAAUUAGAGAUGAAAUCUUUCUACAGACUGUCCUCGCUGUUGCCUCUCGUCUAUCUCAGGUGUGUUAGAAGACAGUUUGUACUCAUUAGAUUAUAUGCACAUAUAUAACGGCCGUGACACAAAGUGCCUCCAGGUGAGUCUAAAUCCACCUGGCAAGGAGGACUGGCCAAGUGAUGACCAUCACCAUAAUAAUAACUUGAUGAUUUUUGUGAGAAUAGCUGACGAAAAAAACAAACAUCCUGACUAAUAAAAUGAGAUGAUAAGAAGGCAGGCAGGCAAACCCAUCGCGAGGAUGUCAGUGCUGUUAAUGGAUGUUAAUGUGGUGAGAAACUCAAAAGGACACAACAGGUGUUUGCACAAAAACUCCUCUGAGAAAGGACUGCAGCAGGAAUUCAACACUUCUCUUGUGGGUGUUUUCACUAAACAGUCCUUUUGAUUAUAUUUGCAUAAAGAAGGAAAACGCUCUGGUCUCAGGAGCUUUCCUUCAAAAAUAUCCAAAAAUAAUAAUAGGAACCCCUUCUUGCCAUGAGCGUAGUGUAGUGUUUAAAUGACUGUGUGUGCAAUAGUAUUGGUGUCCAUUUGUAGAACAAAGACGUAUGUCUCCAAGGCUGUUGAUGUGCUUCCCACACACUGGUUUUUGUUAUGGUGGUGGUUAUUUUUGGGUGAGGGGACUUGGUGCUGCUCGAUGGGUGAAUAAUGUGACGGUGUACUUCACUGAAAACAUUUAGAUGGCAUGGGCCUUUUCACUCAAACCCUGUCAGAUUCUUGGUUUUUUGUUUUACAUAUUUAUUUAUUUUUGGUGCCUCUCUGCAACUAGUGUUUCUAGAACAUACCAAGUAAAUCAACGUUACCUUCACUUAAUGUCUCCACAGAUGUACAAUAAUAUAUAAACUAUACCAAACUGUCAGGACUCAGAAGUUUUAUAUUGGAGGAUUUGUUUGCAGGAUGGUGUGACUGCUGCUUUUGAGAAGUCCACCUUGAAAUGUGGUGCAUUUGAACUCAAAGGCACAUGUUCUAGUGGCAUAUUUACUGGGUUAUACUAUGAUGUUAUAAGUCUAUAUUUUUCAUCACUGUUUUAAUCUUGUCAUAAGACUCAGAUAUAUACAAUGGGACUUUUUGCUUACUGUUCUCUCUCUGAUUAGCUCUACUGUUCAUAAGUCACCAAAAUCCUGGAUAACACAAUGAAUGAUCCUUCCUUUUGAACCAAUGCCUCUUGUGCACUUUUGUGACUCCUGUUCAAUAUUGUACAAUAGAACUGACAAUUGUUAAAAUUUAGUUUAAUUACAAUGCUGAGUUAG